AUGGUGCUCAGAGAAUUUAAAUCUAGAGCUCUGGAUAGCCUAUGUACUGAGGAGCAACUUGAUCUCUUGAACUCGAUUGACACCCUCCGAUCCCAGGGCAUUAGCCAUUUCGUGUCUUUACCGCAGAUCAUUGUAUGUGGCGACCAGUCAUCAGGGAAGAGCUCUGUGCUGGAGGCUAUCUCCGGAGUUUCUUUUCCCGUCAAAAGCAAUCUCUGUACACGAUUCCCGACAGAGCUUGUGCUCCGCCAGGACGCCAACGUCGGGGUCAGGGUGUCUAUUGUACCUCAUCACUCGCGCAGCGAAUCCGAGCAACAAUCACUGGGUAGCUUUUGCGAGGAGCUUGAUGGCUUCGAUGGGCUUCCUGGACUGAUCGAUAAUGCCAAAGCUGCUAUGGGUAUAUCUACCCAUGGCAAAGCAUUCUCGAAUGAUCUAUUACGGGUUGAGGUGUCAGGGCCUGACAGGCCGCACCUGACCAUCGUCGAUCUUCCGGGACUCAUUCACUCUGAGACAAAACAACAAUCUGCUGCGGAUGUUCAGUUGGUCCAAGAUGUGGUUCAGUCCUACAUGAAAGAGCCACGCAGCAUUAUAUUAGCAGUAAUCUCAGCAAAGAAUGACUACGCCAACCAGAUCGUGCUCCGGCUGGCAAGGGACGCUGAUAAAUCGGGCAAUCGAACCCUAGGGGUCAUUACGAAGCCCGAUACUUUGGUCGCGAAUUCAGAGAGCGAAAGGAUGUUCAUAUCACUAGCGAAAAAUAGGGACGUGGAAUUCCGGCUGGGUUGGCAUACGCUUCGGAAUAUGGACAGUGACCAGGGGACUGGGACACUCGCGGAACGCGAUCAAAAGGAGCGGGACUUUUUUUCCAGGGGAGCCUGGGCAGAGAUGCCAGCGUCGUUGGUUGGAAUAUCCUCGCUGCGACCCCGCCUCAGCAAGUUACUGUUGCGACAGAUUGCGGCCGAGCUUCCAAGUCUUAUCAAGGAGAUUGAAGCAAAGGAGGACGAAUGCACGCUGCAAUUAAGGAAGCUCGGUAAGCCGCGGGCCACGCUUGAUGAGCAAAAGUCCUACCUGAUAAACAUCAGCCAAUCUUUCCAAUCCCUAAUCAAGGCUGCUGUGGAUGGCACCUACAACGAGACGUUUUUCGAAGACAAUCAAUCCACAACGGGACGCCAGAGGCGGCUUCGCGCUGUAAUCCAGAACUUGAACGAGGCCUUUGCGGAUCGUCUCAACAGACGAGGCAACUACCGCAAAAUCAGAGAUAAUGACAGUCAGUUGGAGCUCCUCACUCAAACACAGGUCUCAGUUACUAGAAGCGGCUUCAUCGAUCACAUUCAGGAGCUUAUGAGGCAGACACGAGGACGGGAACUUCCCGGCACAUUUAAUCCUAUGAUUGUCGGGGAGUUAUUCGUGGAACAAUGUCGUCCUUGGGAGGUUAUAACACGCGAGCAUAUUCUCACGACCUGGCGUGCAUCUCAAAGAUUUUUGUCGCUCUUGAUAGGUCACAUCUCGGAUGAAGCGACUUCGAUUGUUCUUUUUGCUGAAGUCAUCUCACCUGCACUGGACGAACUGCGGGAGAUCUUGAUCAGAAGAUUUGAAGAGCUCCUCGAAACCCAUCAAAAAGGCCAUCCGAUCACCUACAAUCAUUAUUUCACGGACACACUGCAGAAGAUCCGUGCUAGUAGACGGCAGGACGAGAUGACGGGCCUCAUCGAGCAGUACUUUGGAGUUGACGAUCUACAGACGCCAUGCAGCCUUGAUGGAGUAUACCGCCUACAGGAUCUUCUUAACUCACUUCUCCAGUGCCGUGAGCCUGAUAUGAUGAGACUAGCUUCGACUGAAGCUUUGGAUUGCAUGCUUGCUUAUUACAAGAUGGCAUUGAAACGAUUUAUCGACGACAUCGCGGUGGAAGUAGUAGAAGUCAAGCUGAUUCGGUCCCUGGCUUCCAUCUUCACACCCGUCAAGGUAUUCGAAAUGAAGCCUACAUUGGUGUCGCGCAUCGCCGGCGAAUCUGAAGAAACUCGUACACUCCGGGAGCAACUGAACAGAAACAAACAAAUCCUUAAGAAUGGCUUGGAAACAUGCCGACGGUUUGUUGGUAAUCGUGGGAUAGACACUGAGCAGGUCAAAGAUACACGGUCUUUUGAGGAGAAGUCUUGGGACAGUCGUGAUUCUUCGUUGCAGCUUCUGCAGUUUGCGGAUCAUGAUGUCUCAGAUGCUCGUGCAAGCCCAGAGGAUAAAAAUUCCGAAGACCAAUGCGAAGGAGAUGCAAAAAAAGAGGAGUAUGACCAGUUUCCAGCAGCUCCUUCGAACAUGGAGUACGAGCAGGCGUCACACGAGGCUUCUCCGCAGUGGUAUGACAGCUAUGGGCAAAGCAAGUCAAAGAAGAAAGGCAAGGGUUACAAGGGCAGGCAUUGA